AGAAUAGGAGCGUGUGUGGCAGCUGAAAUUUGCUAGCCACCCCAGAACAAAGCGGAACGUUCUGCAAACUUGCCUCUGGUUGCUCAGCUACAAUUUGAUGCCUGCAUUGCUCUCUCCAGAGCUGCAGAGAUGAUCUGUGGCCUUAGAUCCUGGUGGGAAGGUUUUCUCAGGAGGAGAACUCGUUUUCUGCCAUGUUUCCAGAUGCUGUUAACAUGGAUUGGGGAUUGCCUAAUAUAAACAUCUGUGAAAUUGCCACCAUCCGGCCCUGGUCAGAGGAUCUGGCUUUGGAGCUUAAGGAUUCCAGAUGUGCCUGACUGAUGCCAAGCCGAAAACAGAAAGAGGAGCCGAGCCGAUGAGAUGGAUGUUCCGGCCGUGGUUAGGUCCCGAUAAUUGGGGACACGUGGGGGACUGCACUCUCUUUUCUUUUGAGGGGUUGUUCUUGCCUUAGCGGUGGAGCGUUGCUAGGUUCUCAAAUAUAUAUUUGCCAUCCACUGCCCUGCAUGUGCCACUGACUGCACUACAGCCCAGAUGCUGCUGAAAGACCGUUUGUCAAAUGGAAACCGCAAGAGACAGAAGUUUUGGCAACUCCGAGUUAUAAAUGAUUAGCCCCUAUGACAAACAUGAGCUGGAGUUUCCUCACCCGCCUGCUGGAAGAAAUCCACAAUCACUCCACUUUCGUGGGGAAGAUCUGGCUGACGGUCCUGAUCGUCUUCCGCAUCGUCCUGACGGCCGUCGGGGGCGAGUCCAUCUACUCGGAUGAGCAGAGCAAGUUCACCUGCAACACCAAGCAGCCCGGCUGCGACAACGUCUGCUACGAUGCCUUUGCCCCGCUGUCGCACGUCCGCUUCUGGGUCUUCCAGAUCAUCAUGAUCUCCACCCCUUCCGUCAUCUACUUGGGCUACGCUAUCCACAGGAUCGCCAGGUCUUCUGAGGAGGAGAAGAAGAGGUUCCGGGGCUUCAAGAAGAAGAAGCAGUUUGCGCUCAACUGGCAAGCCGUCCGCAACCUGGAGGACCCCCUGGGAGCCGAGGAGGAAGAGCCCAUGAUUGUGGAUGAUGUGGCAGAAAGCGAAGAGAAGGUCAAGACAAAGGAGGAGAAGAAGAAAGAGCAGCAACAGAAGAAGCACGACGGCAGGAGACACAUUCAAGAGGAGGGCUUGAUGAAGAUCUACGUCUUCCAGCUCCUUACCAGAGCCUCUUUCGAAAUCUGCUUCUUGAUAGGGCAGUACAUGCUCUACGGCUUCGAGGUCACGCCGUACUACCUUUGCACCCGGCAGCCGUGCCCCCACGACGUCGACUGCUUUGUCUCGAGGCCGACGGAGAAGACCAUCUUCCUCCUGGUGAUGUACGUGGUCAGCUGCCUCUGCCUCCUCCUCAACGUGGCUGAGAUGUGUCAUCUGGGCAUCGGCACCAUCCGCGACGCCAUCCGAGACCGGAAGGUGCACAGCUUCCGCCAGCCGCCCUACAAUUACGCCGCCUACCCGAAGAACAUCUCCUGCCCCCCGGAAUACAACCUGGUGGUCAAGUCGGACAAGCAGGCCAAGGUCCCCAACAGCCUGAUGGCUCAUGAGCAGAACUUGGCCAACGUGGCCCAGGAGCAGCAGUGCACCAGCCCGGACGAGAACCUCCCGCCGGACUUGUCCACACUCCACAAACACUUGCGGGUGGCUCAGGAGCAGCUGGACAUUGCUUUCCAGAGCUACAACCACACACAGGCGAACGGGCAGCCGUCCAGAACCAGCAGCUCAGCUUCCGGCGGGAUGGUGGCAGAGCAGAACCGGACGAACACCGCGCAGGAGAAGCAAGGCGCCAAGCCCAAAGCCAGCUCGGAGAAAGGUAGCUCAAACGGCAAGGAUGGGAAAAACUCAGUGUGGAUCUAACAAGGUAUAUAGCCUGAUGACGACAAAGUGGGGGUGGCUUCUAUGUCGGGAACGGAACCGGCCCCAAGACGGCGCUAGCAAUGGGGUUCUUUUGGGGGGUCUUGCCAAAUGAGCAAUGCAUUUCAGGACCAUCUAGUGGGUUGGCAAGAAGCCUCUCGCCGCCAUCCUUCACCAAGCCUGCCCCCUCGAUGCAAGAGUCAGCUACCUGGAAGUGCAGACCCCUUUGCACAUGUCUUGUUACUCCUAAAGAGAAGUCACGAGGUUGUGCCAUGAUGCUUUCAGAGUAUAUUCCUGGGCGGUGUCCCCUGUCAGAUGGAACGGGGAGAGGGUGUGCUGGCUGCAAGGCCUGCCCUCCAGUUAAAUGGCUUAUCCCUGUGAUGUAGAGGGCCUGGGACUCCAGAUUUGCUCAGUAUGGCUCUCAGGUAUCACCUCCCUUGCUGUGCUGGUUGCAUUUGGGAUGCCUUCCCUUCCUCUGCUUUCCCCGUUCCUUUGCUUUCCUCCUUGCCAAUCCAUCCUUUUCUGCGUUCCACACUUGCCAAUCUAUCCAUUGCUGCCUCUUACAUUUUCUCCUUAAGUCUGGUACCUGAUAGGUUGUGCAUGAACGGGAAGUCGUGUCACUUCUGGCUGCAUCGAUUCCAACGGCAGCCCACACCAGCUUGCAAGUUUGUGGUCAGGGCCUGGGUUUACGGAGGAAAAAGUGUGAGAAUUCUGCACCCAAGGCUUUAUUGCAUCCAGACCACUGUUCCUCCAUAGGGGGUUGUCUGUGCUAAGCAACUGUCAGUCCAAACCAUGCCUCCCCUUUCCUCGCCCAUUCUGCUUUAAAUGACUGAAAUAACCCUUUUAAUUUCUAACCUCGUUGGUGGAACGCAACCUGCCCGCCUGCACAAGCAACAUCUUACAACACUGCUCUGAGUGGUUGAUCGGGUUUGCAUGAAGACCACCACUGCACUCGCUAAAGGUUUACUAAUCCAUAUACAUAGCCAUGCCCUCCUCUGAACUGUUUAAUGGCUUCCGCAAAGCAGGAGUCAGCUUUCCAAGACGAGGCUGAAACCCCAAAUCUAGCAUAUCUGUGGGAUUUUCACAGUUGACUUCAGUGGAGUCACCUGCUUCAGAGAUGUGCGGCGUUUACUCCCUUGAUCCUCGACAGUGAGCUGAGAAGCAGACAAGGACAUUUUCUUCCUUUGCAGUGGAAAAUGGAGCAUUCCCUUCGGCCGCUGUCACUGAGAAGGGUUUUUAACCACUGCUUGUACCACACUCUAACCAAAAGUGCCUUAAGUAACGCUGCAAAGACGGAACACCUGAACACUUGUGA